AUGCAGUUUCUUCCGCCUUUUCUUUUCGUUUUCAUACUAUUCAAUAUCGCCAACUCUUCGGUAGCUUUCAGAAACAUUAACAUUAAUGCUGAUCGCCGUGGUAGAAGCGAAAAUGUCAAUAAUUCCGACGUAGCAUCUGCAAUUAUUACCGUCGAUCAGAAUGGCAGCGGAAAGUUCAAAACUAUACAGGCAGCCAUAGAUUCCAUACCUUCCGGCAACCAUGACUGGAUAAAAAUAAAAAUUUCUCGAGGCAUAUACACAGAGAAGGUAACUAUUCCACCAGACAAAUCAUAUAUUUUUCUUCAAGGACUAGGUCGUGAGAAGACAAUUGUUACGUUUUUUGACCAUGAAAGAACAGAUACCAGCGCUACAUUCUCGUCCAGCUCAGAUAAUGUGGUUGCGAAGGGCAUUUCAUUCAAGAACUCCUAUAAUCGUGCACAGGGUCCUUCAGAUAUCAACGACAUUGGAAUUAGUGCGGGAAGCCAUGUAAAACAGGCGUUGGCAGCAAGAAUAUAUGGUGACAAAUCCGCAUUUAUUGAAUGUGGGUUCAUAGGCUUUCAAGAUACUUUGUGGGAUGCAACAGGCCGACAUUAUUUCAGCAAUUGCCACUUUGAAGGUGCCAUAGAUUUCAUUUUCGGUUUUGCCCAGUCUUAUUAUGAGAACUCAUUGAUAAAUGUGACGGUUAGGACACGACUACCUACGGAGAUUGCCGUAGGAUUCAGUACAGCACAGGGACGAGCAUCAGCCAAUGAUCCUGGUGGUUUCGUAUUCGAAGGAGGCUCAGUUUCUGGGAGUGGCCGAGUUUUGUUGGGGAGAGCUUAUGGAGCUUAUUCAAGAGUAAUAUUCCAUGGCACCGAUUUAGGUCAAGUUGUUGCCCCUCAAGGAUGGGAUGCGUGGUCUUACAAAGGUCAUGAAGAUGAGUUUAAAGGAGCAGGAUCGAACAUUUCCGAGCGUGUUGCAUGGGAAAAGAAGCCUGGCGAUAUUCAGCAGAUUCUACAGGAGUAUUCAAGAUCAUCCUUCAUUGAUCAAGAUGGCUGGAUUGAUAAACUCCCACGAUAG